UUGUCGCGCAUGCAUUCCGUUCCAUGUGAUGCAGUCCGAACAGUUGCAACAAGAACUUCCUGCGUCAAGCACAGUAACCAUGGCAACUGAAAACCGCAUGAACUCUGCGCAACUUCCGGAUGAGAUCUUCUUGUACCAUGUUCUGCCACUGCUGUCCAUCCGGGAGGUGAACUCUUGCAAGCUGGUCUGCAAGACAUGGCGCCACCUGGUGACGACCUACAUCAAGAGGUUAAAGGUCAUCGACCUGACCCCCUGGGAUUGCAUGGUGACCGAGGACCUUCUGUUAGGCAUCGUCAAACACGCGGCCAAUGUCAGGGAACUGAGGUUAGAUGGCUGUUGGAGAGCAGUGCGUGAUGCAGCAGUUCUUACCGUUGCCAGUGUCUGUCACAAGCUGAGGGUCUUUGCCGCCUGCAAAUGCGGAAACCUUACAGAUGCUGGCGUCAUAUCACUGGCAGAGAAAUGUCCUGAGCUGGAGGAGUUGGAUCUUAGUAGCUGCUACGGGAUAACAGAUGAAGCUCUUUGCGGCCUGGCAGACCAUGCCAAGAACCUCAAGGAGCUACAUGUCAGUAGCGUCUACGGCGUGACAGACUUUGGUGUCAGCCAGCUAGCCUUCAAGUGCCACCUUCUACAGAAUCUUGAUGUCAGUUACUGCUACGUGGUCAGCAACUUGGGGCUACAGGCCUUUUUGGAUAAGCAAGGAAAACUCGCUUUGACUGAACUGCGAGUCAAAAACUGUUACAAGGUCACGCAGCCCACUAUAUUUAAGCUCAUGCAGGCCGGAGUAGCUGUCAACAACAUGUUCUGAUCAUCACAAGAACUGUCCCUUGUGAUCUCAGAUUUAGCAGAGCUUGCUGUGGUACCAAUGUAGCCCGGCUAGCAGGAUGGAUACCAAGCUCGAACAUCUCUGGAGUAUGCUGGACUGCUCUGCCACUCUCUGCCAAAGUUUAGUGGGAACAGUUUCCGCACGUGACUAACUGGGUGGAAGUUGAGUGUCUACCUGCAAUUGUGAGCAUUGAUGUAUGCCGUCCUCUGUGAUGAACAGUAAAUGCGCUGCAACACCACUAACUGGAGCUCUAGUGCAAGGGUGCUGUUCGUCCUACGUAUUCGUAGAUGACCAUGGCUUCGUGGUCUAGGGAAGAAAACGGUGGGUUCGGAGGUGGCUAACGAGGCCAAUCCGGGCCCGGAAAGUCCUCCCACACGUGGGACACGUGUGGGCUGGUGGUGUGUUGGUUGGGGCUGACGCUCUAGCCUUCCGCAUGGCCCGCUUCUGCUGCACUGCGGUUGGUUUCAGCUGCAAGCGCUCCCUACAACUACUACUGCUGCUGCACUUGACCAUCAUCAGGUCGUAGUGACCUCCAACCUCCUCGGUUAAGGGCAAGAGACCAACACUCGGUUGGUGACAGCUGCACAGCAUCCGCAACCUGCUUAAGCCAGGUAAGCCGGGACGACCACGAGGCCUCGUCCAGGUGGCAGGACGUUGCCCAAGGUGGAACUGGACGGCAGCAUCAAGGGCAGGACGAGCAGGGGCAGGAGCUUGGAGGCGCCGAACAUGACCAAAAAGGGUGUCAACUCCCUGAGAUCUCCAACAAAAUGGGACCGAGGGACCCACCGUACCAAAACUUUAAAGUGUCAUUAUUUCCAACAUCCUACGAUCUCCUCCCUCACCAUCCAAGGAAUGCAGCACUAGCAGGGUGGCAUGGGUGGCGCAGUGCGUAAAGCUCUCACCUCUCACCACUGUGGCCCGGGUUCGAUUCCCGGCUCGGGUCAUAUGUGAGUUGAGUUGUUCCCUGUGCCACGAAAGUUUUUUAUGGAAAUUUUCAAGGACAAAAUUUCUUUAAAAUUUUAAAGUUUGUAUGUUUGCAUAAUUUUUAUCGAAAAUCUCAUUUUUAUAAUGGACACAAUUUCGUGGGUACAAGCAUUUUGAUUUCGAAAGACAAUCUUGCUUUGUUUACAGUUUUGAUCUGCAUUUUGAUAAACUAGGUCAUGGAUUUUCAUUAUUGGUUGUGGAAAAAUCAUGCAAUUUUAUUGUCCUAAAAGGUGCAGGAACUCUUUAGGUACUUAGGCAUUACACGCCUAACCCAUAAUGUUUUUUAUGUUGUGUAUAUACUGAUUGUAUUUUUCAAUAAACCAAAUUACUAAAUAAAGCAACAAAAGAGUCGAAA